AUGUCUGCCAAGGGUCCUUUCCACCUCGUCACUGUCAACACCGCACCAGAGCGCGCCAAGCGCCUCAUCGGUCGCGUCGCCGAGGCCCUGAAGGAUCAGUACACUAUCAUUCACGUUGACAACUGCGAGAGUAAGCAUGUUGUGCUCGAAUGGGAUAACGACCGACUAACAAUAGCAGAGAUCGACGAUGUUGAGGCAAAGGUCAAGCAGCACAACCCUGAGGUUCUGUUCAGCGCAUCCAUGUGGAGCGCCGAGGAGGCCCAGCAGAUCCAUGCUAUUGCUCGCUCUGUCCGUCCGGAUAUCAAGCUCCAUGCUAUCCCCGAGGGUUUGCAGGUUGAGCGAGGCCCAGAUGCUAUUGUUGAAUACUUGUGUGAGAAGGUUCCCGUGCUGCUGGACAGCUAG